AAGAAAACUAAGUUGUCAUUGAUGCUGAUGUAUCUUAAGUUAUCUGUAGCUGAUUUGGGGUUAGAUUUUUCUUACUGAUUUUUCUGUGAUAUGGAUGAUAGACAGAGUAUUUGGUGAUGAUGAUCCUACAAGGAAAGUCUACGACGAAGCUGCCAAAGAAAUUGCUCUUUCUGUUCUCAAUGGCAUUAAUUCGAGCGUCUUUGCUUAUGGACAAACAAGCAGUGGAAAGACCUUCACAAUGAGUGGUGUCACACAGUAUGCUGUAGCAGACAUAUAUGAUUACAUAGAACAGCAAAAGGAGCGAGAAUUCGUGCUGAAGUUUUCAGCCAUCGAAAUCUAUAACGAACUUGUUAGGGACCUUCUAAGCGCAGACACUAACCCUCUCCGACUUCUGGAUGACCCCGAGAGAGGGACAGUUGUUGAGAAGCUAAUUGAGGAGACUCUCGAAGAUAAGAGCCAUCUACUUGAGCUCAUUGCCGUCUGUGAAGCUCAAAGACAGACAGGAGAAACUAAUCUUAAUGAAACAAGUUCUAGAUCUCAUCAAAUCCUCAGGCUGACGGUCGAAAGCUCUGCUCGUCAAUUUGGUGGUGGAAAUUCAAGCAUUCUUGCAGCAAAUGUGAACUUUGUGGACCUUGCAGGAAGUGAGCGUACUUCUCAGACACUAGCCACUGGUGCAAGAUUGAAAGAAGGUUCUCACAUAAAUAGGAGUUUGCUCACCCUCGGAAAAGUUAUUCGGACAUUGAGCAAGGGAAGAAAUGGGCACAUACCUUAUAGAGACUCAAAGCUAACACGAAUACUGCAAAACUCGCUAGGAGGAAAUGCAAGGACUGCGAUUAUAUGUACGAUGAGCCCGGCUCACAGUCAUCUAGAACAAUCAAGAAAUACCCUCUUAUUUGCAAGUUGUGCGAAAGAAGUUACAACGAAUGCACAGGUAAAUGUGGUAAUGUCUGAUAAAGCAUUGGUGAAGCAACUAAGGAAAGAGCUGGCCAAAUUAGAGAGCGAAUUGAAGACUAUAUCAACAGUUCCAUCCAAAGGUGAUGUUGCAGCUGUUCUCAGAGAAAAAGAACUUCAGAUAGAAAAGAUGGACAAAGAAAUAAAGGAACUAAGUCGACAACGUGACCUUGCACAAUCAAAAGUGGAAGAGCUACUAGACUCAACCAGCAGGAAAAACAAGGUUUCGAUUUUAGAGCCACAAGAUGAUUGCAGCAGGAAAAACAAGGUUUCGAUUUCAGAGCCACAAGAUGAUCGCGGCAGGAAAAACAAGGUUUCGAUUUCAGAGCCACAGGAUGAUAAUCAUGUGUCCAAUCAUCAAACAUCAGAAUCACGGGAUAAAAUAGCAUGGUUAGAUGAUUCAUCAGAAACAUCUGACGAUUACCAGCGCCUGGAUGCUGAUCUGGCAACAUCUGAAUCCUUUCAGUAUCUUGAUGAACAUGGAAAUUUUGACCUUACCACUCAUUCUAAUCUUCUCCCCAACAUUGAGCAGAACCCUCUACCAAACGAGUCCUCACUGCAACCACUGGCUGAUACCAGACCCGAUUACAUCCCUGAAUCUGAUGAUCCAUUAUCAGUUGGAUGGGAGAAAAUGGCCAACACUGCCAAUAACCUCAGAAGAAGAAUCGAUGAAGAAGACAGCGAAGAUAAUUGCAAGGAGGUUCGGUGUAUUGAAGUUGAAGAAAGAAGCAUCAACAAGAAUAAAACAGAAUUAUUUUCAGGAGAUCAGAAAGAAAUUCAGAACGAAAAGAAUGUGGAUGAAGAAAAAGAGUGUUCCUUAACAGCUGAUAAUGCACAAGAGAGUAAAGAAGAGAAAGAAAAAUGUGGUAGUGUAGCUAAAAAGAAGCAAGAGAAAGACACACACCAUUCAGACUCUGAACAUGAUGCAUUGGUGCAAAGGAUCAAGGAAAUGCAGAGGACUAUUGACAUGCUUGUUAACCGUAAUCCCUUAGGGAAUGUUCUUUCUCCUUGCUCGACAGACUCAGAGAGGUCAAGCAGUAGGUGGUCGAGCUUCAGUAGAAGCAGAAGUUGCAAGGCAAUUCUAACUUCAAGUAGUCCAACUUCAUGUCCAACUUUUGAAAAGGUAGUGCGCCAUAACCGGGAUCUGUCAUUUGGAGGAUUUGAUAAAGAGAUAAUGAGCUCGGAUAUACCAAAGGGUUUGCCUCGGGUGUCAGAUCAUGGUAAUGGAAAGCCAACGAGAUUUGGGGUUGGGCUCCCUAUGCCUUCUAUUAGGGCUGCAAUACUAAGUGAAAUGGAAGAGGAUUUUAAGAAUUCAGAUGUUAGUGAUGGUUCCAGCUUUUACAGUUCAGUAGCAGGAAUAAAUAGAGAUGUCAAGCAUCAGUCUGACAGACAAAUCGGAUAUGGAAUGGAUGAUCACACAGUCGGGGAUACUGAAGCAAAGUACGACAAUGAAAGUGUAAGAGACGUUGGCUCAUAUUCGAUGAGGGUAAGAGAUUGCUUGUCCGAGGGAGCAAUGAGUACAGUGCAAUCCCCAUUAAAUUGGUUUGAAGAAUUUGAGAGUCAAAGGUUCAAGAUAAUCCAACUUUGGCAUGCUUGCCAUAUACCAUUAGUCCACAGAACCUAUUUUUACUUGCUGUUUAAAGGUGAUCCAUCUGACAAGAUCUACAUGGAGGUGGAACUCCGAAGGUUGUCUUUCAUUAAAAACAGGUUUGAUCAAGGCCAGAAAAUUGUUAUGGAUGGUCAAAUCUAUACACCAUCUUCAAGCAUAAAGGCAUUAAAUCAAGAGAGGGAGAUGUUAAUGAGGCAAAUGUACAAGAAAACCCCAGUGCAGGAGAGGGAAUUGCUGUUUGAGAAGUGGGGGAUUGCGACGAACAGCAAGCAAAGGAGAUUGCAACUGGUUCGACGCAUUUGGGCAGAUACAAAAGAUAUGCAACAUAUCAGAGAAAGUGCAGACCUUGUUGCUAAGCUGGUUGGUUUUGUAGAUGAAGGUCAAGUGCCAAAGGAGAUGUUUGUUGGUCCAAGUGUUGUUCCUAAACUCAUGAAUCGAAGGUCCUAUAGCUGGAAAUCAGGCAUGUCACUAGCAUCUUAAAGCGCUUGGAGUGGAUGUAUAGGCUAUAUUAUCUUUUCUUUUUUCUAGAAAAAGAAAAAGAGAAAUGUUGGUAAUAUUUUUUAACCUUUAGUAUUUAUAAAAGUUACUACUAAUCUACUUAAAAGCAAA